GCGCCGCCACUCUCCCUUCGAGUGUCUGAGUUUGGUAACGCCACAGCGAUGGACAGGCGAACUAGUGUGUAAUGUGGACCAGUUGGAAAACACCUUUCGGUGGUUAUUGUAAAAUAAGAAGCCCAUCUUUGCUGUUUCAGCCGGGCUGUGUUAUGGCGAGGACGUCGAAGAACUCUAGUUCAUGAAACAGGGCUGACCCGAUCGGCGUGAAUGCGAAGCUAGCCAAGCUUUCAGCAAUGAAUGGCGUUCGACCCGUUCAACAGGACGUCAGCCAUGGGGAGAAGAAGAAGAGGAACUACAAGCUACUCGUGGAUCCAGCGCUGAAAAAGGGGGGCGUGAAAGUCUACAGAUACGAUGGAGUUGUUCCUGGGCAAGAGAACCUGUACCCACCAGUUCAAGUUCGAGAUCCGAGGUCCCGUCUCACGUUGCUGUGGGCGAGAACUGAAGUGGCAGAUUUGCCUGUUCCUAAGUUUAAGAUUGAUGAGCACUAUGUGGGAGUACCACCACCACUGGAGGUGACCCUUACCAAUCUUAAUGACAACAUUGGCAAGGCGUUCCUGGAUGACCUCCUGAAGAAGUUUGGACAGAUAGACGAGUCUGUCGUCUACUACCAUGCACGCACGCGGAAACACCUGGGCUUGGCCCGUGUCAUAUUCUCAACUACGAAAUCUGCCCGCUACUGCGUUGAGAAGAUGCAUCUUUCCUCAGUCAUGGGCAACAUUCUCAAUGUUUUCCUCGAUCCUUUUGGUCGAGAAUGCCAGCGGCUCUAUGAAGAGAUGUCAUCGGACCGUCCAAAGUUUCCCGAGCCAACACCUUUUGUUCCUGAUCCCCCUCCUCCUCCGCCAUCGCAGAUGCUACCCACACCACCACCUGCGCCAAGAGUCCACCAUCCGUCUCCAGCCCCUCCCCCACCUUCCGACUAUGGCUACUCCAACCACUCCGAUUACGGCUCGGGAUCGUUCCGUUCCAAUCAAUCAACCCCAAUGAGUUAUGACAGCGGCUAUUCCUACUGCUCAUCGUCUCAGUACGCAGCACCCUCCCACUCUUGGGAGGUGAACCACUCCGGAACAUCUUGGGGGUCCGAUGGAAUGGCCUGGCAGCAAGGGUCUGCGUGGGACCCCCACGCUGAUGCCAUUCCACCGCCCAAGCAGAGCCCAGCUCGUGAAAGCCUUGACACCCGCAUAGAGCUCUUGUUGAAGCAGACAGAGGGCAGGGCCGGAUUUCUGGACACUGGUGGGCCGCCAUUCGGAAGUCCACCCUUUGGGGAAAGCCUGGCUCCUCAGCAGAGCUCCCCGGUGCCCUCCACGACGCAGAGCUCCGACGGACUGGCCGCAGUUCCACUCCCACCUUUGCCUCCCGACUCUUCUCCACUGCCACCACUGCCAGAAAGGGAUGAGCUUCCACCUCCUCCACCUGAAGAAGAGGACGAAGCUAUGGAGCUGCUAUCAACUCCACCGUCACCGUUCUUAUCGCUACAGGAGUACCACCAUUGGGCUAGAAUAACGAGAGAGGCAAGGACCAGGGACCUUUCGGACUCUGAGCUCGACGAUCGGCGUGCCGAUGUGACCAUGCAGUCAAACGAGGAAACCAACCAGUCAGUGCCAAGCACGCGAGACUCAACACCAGUCCAUGAUGAACUGCCAGAGCCAGCACCGGAAGAGGAAAAUGCCACCGAAAACAAGGUGGACGACGACGACGACGAUCGCAUGUCACUCUCGUCGCUGAGCAGUGGUGAAGAGAAACUGCAAGUGAAUGCACCGCUACCUGAACCGCCAACUCCCAGCAUGUACCUCACCCAGGAGGCAACUGCGAGCCCAGCCGCAGUCGCUUAUCCGGCGACACCUGGGACGUCCUCGAUGUAUGCACCGGUCUCCGUCUAUCCGAGCGCGCACCCCAUGUAUCCCAGUCAAGAGGUGCAGAUGAUGGCACAAAUGGGCAUCUGGAAGCCCGGCAUGGGGUCGGGCGUUCAGUCACCAUCUCCACAUUCACAGCAGCCGCCACUUCCACCGUCGCCGAUUCGUUCUGGGUCGGCCUAUGGCUACCACGGCAGUGCACCGACACCCGCGGCUGCUGCUGUGCACCCUCCUCCUCACAUGCCAGCCUACAAUCCUCUCUACCCGCCACCGCCGCUGCCCCAUUAUGGCUCGGCAUCGACGCACUCGCAUCACUAUGCACCUCACUACUACCCAUCGUCGUCUACGCCGCCGCAGUAUGGCCGUGUUGACUACUCGGCAGCCCGGAUGCCACCUUCACCUUACAAGUGGUACAACACUAUGGCACCAAUGCAACGUGUUGGCUUUGCCAGGGCAAACAGCCCUCCUGUGCCUCCUGGCACGAUGAGUACAGACCCCAAUGCACCCACUGUGCGUGCCGUGUUAGACGCCCUAGUGGCGGAACUGAGGGAAAUUGUGAAGCGGGACAUAUGUAAGCGCAUGGUGGAAAGCUACGCAUUCAAGCGCUUUGAAGUUUGGUGGGACGAACAGGUUUCAGCGGCAUCUAAGGUAUUGAUGGUGCACUUCCUCCUCUGCUUUGUUUCUCAAAGACUCCAGAGGCUACGCCGAAAAAUGAAGCGACGAAGCAGUCAAACUGUUUCAUCAUUAUCAUCGCUCUUUGAUGGCUCGAGAAACGAGUCCAGCUUCUCUAUGGGCGAAAGCUUCAAUUCUGGCUUUGGAUUUGGCCUUCGAGCGGCCAUGCCCCGAAUGCCAUCGUUUAGGAGAAUACGAAAACCGCCGUCACCACCCCCUCUUGAUGAUGAAGACAGCAGAAAGCCUGGUGAUUCAGAUUUGGAGUUUGAGCAAAUCUCGGAUUCUGAGAGUGACUCGUCGAGACAACGAAGACCGCUUAUUGAGGAGGAACCAAGUACACAGGAGAGCGACAGUGACAAGGCUGAUUCUGAUUCCGAGUCGGAGUCCGAGGAGAGCUCAGAGUCUGACAGCAGUUCUGAAGGUGAAGAUGAUGAAGGGUCCUCUUCAUCGUCAGAGUCAGCAGAAUCUGAUUCAGAGUCUGAAGUUGAGAAGGACCAGAAGGCUGCCAGCAGUGAUGAAGAGCUCAUACCUUCAAAACCGACUGGAAAGGGCUCUCGAAUCCUCCUAGAGCUGUCUGCAUCCGACAUAUCGGAAGAUGAAGAACCUUUGUUGAGCGCAGGAAUUGUACAGCAAGGUAAUGAGCCGCAAGAGCAGCGAACAACAGCUGCCAUAGAGGCUUCACCAUCCUCUGCAGUCGAAGAAGACAUGAAGAACGAAGCAUCCGAUCUCGAAGACAUCGAGCUCCCACCUACGCCUCUAUUCGACGAACGGGAAGAAGAGGAUGAAGAACCAGUAUUAUCACCUCCAGAGGUUGAGCGUGACGACGAGGACAUGGUGGACGAAGCCAAGCCAGCUGCAGACGUUGCCGAAGAGGUGCCAGCUGAAGACGCCAAGAGCAACAGUCCCAAAGAAGCACCACCUUGCAACUUGGAGUACGAAGCAUCAGAAGCACUCAUGGCCCUCGCCUCUAGCUUUGCCCCUCCCGACAGUGCCGAUGCAGAUGUGGCAAAGAAACCGGUGUCCCCGCCCCCCGUGAAAGUUGAGAAGGAAGAGCAACCCCACCUCCUCGUCAAUGGCGAUGCUGCAAAGGCAGCGCCGGUGAAGAACGACGUCGUCCAAGGAGUGGAGCAGAUGGAUGUGGAGGAGGAUUCCACAUCCACCUACCUCAUUUCGGACCACUGCUACUGCCGAACCCAGCAAGCCAUUGAGGCCAAGGCGGAAGCAGCUGUCGUCGGUGACCACGUGUACGCCUCGGCGCCUCCGCCGGUUCCCCCCGCGCCUCCUCCUGCCCCAGUGGCCGUCGCACCUCCUCCUCCUCCUCCUCCUCCUCCCACGGAGCAGCGGUUGUCACCGCUGCCUAUGGCCACACCAUCACCACCCCCACCUGUGAAAACAAAGCCGAGGAAGAGGCGGAAGACCAAGGACGAGACCAUCUGCGAUCAGCUCAUGUUCGACAUGCCACUCGAGCCGAUUACCAAGCUCUCUCGGGAGGUGGCAUUUGCUCGACGCAAUGUGGUGGAGGAGAUGAACAUCCUCUACGAGUUCCUCCGGACAGGAGUGGACCUGGAAGACGUUCAGUACCUCAAGCGCAGCUACGAAGCCAUGCUACAGGAUGAGGUGCAAGGGUACUGGCUCAACGACACGCAUUGGGUCGACCAUCCGCCAACCAACAUACCAAACCCGAGUAAGAAGAAAAAGAAGGACGAGGCCAGAGUGCACGUGACAGGCUGUGCCCGCAGUGAAGGCUACUACAAGAUGGACGUGAGGGAGAAAGCACGCUUCAAGCAGUCUGGCAGCGCUGUGCCUCAGUUAGAGACACAGGACCCCACAAGUAAAGCCCGUCUUGCUGCCCAAUCAAGCAGAGAAGCACGGUCAAACCAGAGGAGGUUACUGACCUCUUUUGGAGAAGCGGAAGUGAUUAGCGACUUGCUCAAGUUCAACCAGCUGAAGUUCCGCAAGAAACAGCUCAAAUUUGCAAAGAGCCGUAUUCACGACUGGGGACUGUUUGCCCUGGAGCCGAUAGCAGCCGACGAGAUGGUCAUCGAGUAUGUGGGCCAGAUGGUGCGCCCCAUCAUGGCCGACCGGCGGGAGCAGUUCUACACGCAGAUCGGCAUUGGAAGCUCAUACCUCUUCAGAGUAGAUGUCGAAACCAUCAUUGAUGCCACCAAAUGUGGCAACCUGGCCCGGUUCAUCAACCACAGCUGCAAUCCAAACUGUUACGCCAAAGUAAUUACAGUGGAAGGACAGAAGAAGAUCGUCAUUUACUCAAAGCAGCCCAUCAACGUCAACGAGGAGAUCACCUAUGACUACAAGUUCCCUCUGGAGGACGAAAAAAUUGUGUGUCUGUGCGGAGCACCCCAGUGCAGGGGUUUCUUGAACUGAAGUCUCAUCGGUGGAACAGUCACCAUGUACAGUGUACAGCUUGCAUCUCAUCGUUGUCAUCAUCAUCUUCAUCUUCGUACCGGUUGUGUUGGGAAGGAGGCCUGUGAAGCAGCGCACGAAUUGUGUUCCCAAAACUUACCUUUCUUCGUGUUGGCAUUGUAUAGUCCCCUUGGGCCGCACACACAGACACACACGUGCACAUCAUAAUGUACAUAAGAGAAAAGUCAUAUUGUGAUGCAUUAACUCCUGCUUUGUUGUCUUUUUUUUCCCCCUUCUGUUACUCCCUUGUACAUUGGUUAAACUCUAUACACUUGUAAUAAAAUGGAACGCUGCACUUUGUACAACUGCUGUCGAAACUGUGUUCU